AUGGCCGCGCCUGAUAUGCCUUUCACCGAAGAGGAUGUUUCCACCUGGACCCACAAGCGCGUCAAGCUCCACGUAGAAAGCAGCAAAAACAAACUCAAGGCUUUCUACACUAUCUUCUUUGGUUGGUCUGAGCAAGAGUAUAAGGAAGCAAAAGACCACACGGUCGACGAAUUGCGAAAGCAUUUUGACCUGGCGAAGAAAUUCCCUACUACUGGACCUCAGGCCAAGCUACGAUACACAAUGCAGACCAACCUGGUUCGAGACUGGCCUGAGCUGUUCGUCGACCGACACGGUCAAAACCCGCCCGCCUGGUUCGAUGUAGACCUGAUCAGUCGACCUCCAUCCAACAAGGAGUCUUUCAACAUGAAGAACGUGGUUCAACAGUUCAUUUCGCAUACCCGAAACUUCAGCCGCAACCAUUUCGCCAAAUUGAAGCGCAAACACCAUGCUGAGUACGACGAAGAUGACGAUGACGAUGAUGAUGAAAACAAUAGGGACAACUCGGGCCGGAACAAGCAGCCACAAGUUUCUCGAUAUGACAGGACUACUCCACACCCGAUUGACCUCUCCAUGUCUAUACCUCCAGGAUUGCCCACGGGUGUCCCAAUGUUCCAAGCAAGCGGUAGCAGAAAGCCACUUGGAAGAUCCUAUAAUCACAGAGAAAACGACAGCCUACCCAUUGUAGCUACUACCUCUUCAGUGCACGGAAUGAGACCAGAUGGCUCGUCCAAUCUCAUCCUUUACAUCACUCGCGUGACAAUCAACGAACAGACUCUUACCCUGGAACGCGAUCGAUUUGCGUUUGUGGACAAUCUCUUCGAGAAGGGUCAACUCUUCGAGCCACGUAUCCACGAAUUCAUCUUCGGCAACCCUUUAGACAAUAAAUCCACCUUUCUUUGGUACUUUGACGGCACCUCUGACGACACACCAAGGAGCAUCAGAAACAGACCUAGUGCUGAGGAAGUGAGCUUUGAGCUUGAGAUUGAUAACAAUGACGAAGAUGAAAACGACGUGGAAGAAGCAGAGGAGGCGUCGAGGAUGGACUCGGCCUACGAAUCUCGGGAUGAGAAAAUCCAGAUUGACGAUGUGGCUGUUAAGGAAGAGGUCGAUAGCAAGCUUAACAUCACCUGGACAGGACAGGAACAGCAUGACAACAAUGUCGAGAGCGAUAGCGAGUCGGAAGAGGAUUAA